CAGUUUGUCUUUUCAUAUUUGUGGACUGAAACCGCUGAAGAUGUUUGAGAGAUUUUGGUUCUGUUUGUGUUUGUGGCGUCUGAUUGGUGUGUUUGCUGAUUCAGAUGCAGUGAAGUCAGUGUCAGUGAUGGAGGGAGAUUCAGUCUCUCUACAGACUCACACUGAACUACAGACAGAGGAUGAGAUAAUGUGGACAUUUGGAGAUCCAGGGACUCUUAUAGCUGAACUCAGUAAAUGUUUUGAAAGAUUCUCCACAUAUGAUGCUCUUGAUGGGAGAUUCAGAGACAGACUGAAGCUGGAUCAUCAGACUGGAUCUCUGACCAUCACAAACACCAGAACCACAGACUCUGGACUUUAUGAAGUGGUGAUCAUCAGGAACAGGACAGAGACAUACAGAUUCAAUGUUACUGUCUCUGGUGUGUUUGCUGAUUCAGAUGCAGUGAAGUCAGUGUCAGUGAUGGAGGGAGAUUCAGUCUCUCUACAGACUCACACUGAACUACAGACAGAGGAUGAGAUAAUGUGGACAUUUGGAGAUCCACAGACUCGUAUAGCUGACAUCGAUACAAAGCAUAGAAUUUUCUCCACAUUUGAUGUUCUUGAUGGGAGAUUCAGAGACAGACUGAAGCUGGAUCAUCAGACUGGAUCUCUGACCAUCACAAACACCAGAACCACAGACUCUGGACUUUAUCGUGUAACCAUCAUCAGGAACAGGACAGAGAUCUCAUACAGAUUCAAUGUUUCUGUCUCUGACUCUGUCUGCGGUUGUGAUUCUGCUGAAGCUGUGAUCCGAUUGGUCGUCACUGCUCUGGUGGGCGUGGCCGCUGCCGCUGCUGUUGUUGUUCUGGUUUAUGACAUCAGAUCCAGACGAGCUGAACAGGAUGUUUGAUUGCUGAUUUUUAAAUCUUCCUGUAUUCCUCUUCCCUUAAAUACUGAAAUCUGAACUUUGUUUGUUAUAGUUUAUCUUAGUUUGAAUCUCAGCAUUAAAGGGAUAGUUCACCCAAAAUAUGAAAAUUCUGUCAUUAAUUAUUCACCCUCAUGUCAUUCCAAAGCCGUAAGACCUUUGUUCAUCUUCGGGACACAAAUGAAGAUAUUUUUGAUGAAAUCUGAGAUUUCUCUGUCCCUCCAUAGACACCAUAAUCAAGGCACUUUUUGUGUGCAAAAAAACCCAAAAAGAACGACUUUAUUCAAAAAUGUGUCUCCUCCGCGGCACCCUAUCGUGCCAUUAUGGAGAGUAUCACGACGCAUUCGUGUGCUUUGAUCUGAACAUAAACAACGCAUGCUGCUGAUGUAGAACACGCGUGUGCUGUGCCUUGUUUACAUUCAGAGCAAAGCACGUGUAUGUGUCGUGAUAAGAUGGAUUUUGUUGCUGCUGAAUCUAUUUGAUUAAUAACAGUCCUGUAGAGUUGUGUUAUUCUAAUAUAAUUUAUUGAUUGAAUGUGGGAAAUUGACACUAAAGAUGAUGAAUAUAUCAUGGAUAUCUAAUCCAACACUCAUGCAACAUUUCAGGUUUCUUCUAUUAGUUUUUGUACAGUACCGGAAUUCAUUUGAAACUGUAAGGUCAGCAAAAUCUUGUUUAUUUGCAUGACUUCCUCUGAUAAAUCAAACUGUGAUGCAGGUCGAAUCCUGUUGAGAGAGGAUUCAACAAGACAAAUAUCUCAGUUCAGUCGUGUUUCAGAGUGUUUUCAGACAUUUUAAGCAUCACUAUCAUGAACCGAUGAAGAAAAUGCUUCUCAAAUUACCCGUAGUUUUUUUUUUUGUUUUUUUUUUCUGUUUGGGUUUGUGGCGUCUGGAUGGUAGUUUUACUUCACAUUUAAAUGAUUAAAAGUAUUUUAGUGAAGCUUCAUCAAACCAACAUCAAGUGACUUUGUGAUCUGUGUUCUUCAGGAGUGUUUGGUAGUACAGGACUGGUGUCGAUACCAGUGACGGAGGGAGUGUCACGGUUCAUGAAUUCACUGUUUCCUUCGGGUCUCGUGGCUCUGUUGUUUACAUGUCUGUGAGUGUGUGUGUAGGGCGUGACCGAGGUAUCAUCACUAAUUAGCGCUCAGCUGAUCACACUCACUGACACCAGCUGCAGCUCAUUCUCACUCCCAUAAAUACUCACUGGUUUGUCCUUUCCUUUGUCAGAGCGUUGUUUGGUGUUUGUUGUGAGUAUCUCCGGUUCCCUGUGAUGUCCCAUACAAGUUUGUUCCUGUCUUCGAGUUCCUGAUCGUCUUGUCUUCACUUUGUAUGGAUUACGUCACCUCACUGGAUCUCACCGAGCACUUCACCGAGCCCUUCACGACCAUCGAAGUCCCUGUGUCACCCGUGUCGUGUCAUCAUCUUCAUCAUCAUCAGCAUCAUCUUCGUCUACCGGCUUUAUGACUGUUUCUGACUACAUAUAUAUAUUAAAUUCUGAGUUUCACUUGCAUCUCUGCUUCCUCCUAAUUAUUGCCAUGACAGGGAGAGUUUGUCUCUCUAAACACUGGUCUAACUGAAAU